CAGUAAGGCCACAUUUCACAACUAUAAAAAGUGUGCAUUGCUUUCGAUCGCUGCAGAACGCAUUGUUUCUUUUCGAGAUCGCUUUGCCACUUUAGCCUGUAGGCAUGAAUAGCCUUGUCUGCAUAUGCAUUCUCAUCGUGACUGCAUCUGCGCUUGGGGAAUAUGUCUCAUUUGACCAACUUUAUGAUGAUGGUCUGACUGCUUAUGGAAAUCAGAACUGGAAACUUUCAAUUUCAAGCUUUGAAGAAGCAAUAAAAAGUUACAAGCAAUAUAAAAGUGGUGUUGUCGAUUGUUAUAUGAGAUGUAAAAAUACUUCAUUGGAAGAUUCAUUACUGAGUCAAAGUGAUCUGGGAAAAAUUACUCUGAAAGCUGUGUGCAAUCGAGAAUGUUUGGAUGAAAAAUUUGGAGAUUUUCGAUUUAUUUCCGGUAUAUCUCGUGAAGUGAAGCAAGCAUUUGAAAAGUUAGCAGCAUAUCAAUAUCUUCAAUAUGCAUAUUUUAAGGAAGGUCUCUUGGCCAAAUCAGUUUCAUCUGCUCAUACAUUUAAUGUGAGAUAUCCAGAGGAUGAAAUGAUGAAAAAGAACAUGGCAUAUUUUCGGAGUAAUGAUGAUGUAACGAAGGAUAUGUUCUUAAACGUAGAACCAAGAGAUCAUCUUGAAUUAUACGAUCAGGCCGUUCAAGCUUAUUUGAAGGAAGAUUAUGAAAAUGCUGCACAAAAUUUUGAAUCAUCUUUACUAGCAUAUUAUAAUUCAGUAGAAGAAUGCUAUGCAUUAUGUGAAAAUGAAAGUAAUUUUGAAGAAGCAGAAAGUAGAGAAAAUUUAGAUUUUCACAGACAGACUGCAUAUCUUUACAUCAAAGUACUUGAAUGCAGUCUGAAAUGUAUACAAGAUUUAGCAACAGAUUAUGGGGAGAAAAAAUAUCCAAAUUUUGUUCCUGUGCAAUAUCAUUAUCUACAAUUUUCUUAUUAUCAAGCCAACAAUUUCCAUAAAUCAAUAGAAUGUGCAAAAACUUAUCUUGUGUUUCAUCCAAAUGAUACUGUAAUGUUGGAGAAUCUAAGGUUACUUUCAAAUGAAGUUGAUGGCAUCGAUAAAUUUGAACCAAGACAGGGUGCGGUUUCAUACCAUCGUAAAAUCAAAAUUGAGGUAGCCAUGUUGAAAUACUCGUAUCAAUAUUUUGGAAUCAGAGAUUAUGAUGAGAGUAUAUUUGUUCACUUCGGAAGUAUUAAGAAGAAUGAAGAUCCCAGGGAUGAUAACAUGGAUUUUGAUUUGGAGGAGGAAGAUGGAAAUGAUGAAAUUUUACAGGAUUCAGUGGAAAAAAUUAAUAAUUCUACAAAUGCAGAAGAUACCGCACAAUCUGAUGUGCCUGAAUACGAAUCGAUGAAACAGAAAACCGACGAUAUUAUAGAAAAGAAAGCAGUUGACAUUGAACGAAGCAUGGCUGAAAAUGAAAAAAAGCAGAGAGAUGAAAUGCAUUAUAUAGAACCAGAUGAUGAUGUUGAUGUGUCGGGUAUUACUUUAUCAAACUUGGGACGUCAAACUGUGGAUUCAAUUUAUAUAGUAACUGUCGAAAAAAGAUCAACGGAAGCUCCAUUACCUGAAGGACCAAUAAUAUAUGAAGGAACCACUCUUCUUGCAAAUUCAACACAGCUCAAGGGAAGGGAAAGAUUUGCUGUCGAUAAUAUGGCAUCUGGAGAGGAAUGUAUCUCACUUAUUGAUUUGGAGUUGAGUUUCGGCGAUGUAGGAGAUGGAUAUAGUGGUAAAUCGUCUCCUCAUACGGAGCAUGAAAUAUUUGAAGGUGUAACUCUGAUUAAAGCUGCAAAUCUUGCUAAAGAAGGAAUACUUCCAUUAUCCACUGCCAUAUUGUAUCGUGAUUUGAGUGAGAAAGUACGGGCACAAGUACAAGCUUAUUUUAACCUUCCUCAUCUAUAUUUUGAUUAUACUCAUUUGGUUUGCAGAACUUCAAAUCCAGAUUCUCCCGAGAAUAGAAAAGAUCUCAGCCAUCCUAUUCAUGCUGAUAAUUGCCUGCUGAAACCCAAUGGAGAAUGUGUUAAAGAACUUCCUGCUUAUAUAUGGCGAGAUUAUAGUGCAAUAUUGUAUUUGAAUGAUGGUUUUGAAGGAGGAGAAUUUAUAUUUGCCGAUUCAACUGCACGGAGAGUGAGAGUUCAAGUUAAGCCAAAAUGUGGCAGGAUGGUGAGUUUCGGUGCUGGACGCGAAUCAUUUCAUGGUGUCAAGCCUGUAUUAAAAGGCCGCAGAUGUGCUGUUGCUUUAUGGUUUACUUUAUCAGAAGAAAGAAACGAGCGGCAACGUAUUAAAGCUGAAGAAAUACUUGACGAACUUGUAUCAAAACAAAAAGAUGAACUAUGAUUUGAUAGAAUAUGCACACUGUGUCAUUACGAUGCUCCUGAUAUAUUCAAACUUUUAUUAAUUCCAAAGAAUACAGUAAGACAUCAACUUUUAUAUACUAUUUGAUGUUGUAACAGUGUAUUGUAACUUUGAUGAGGUAUUUCUGAUAUUCAUAAGCCAAGCUUUUAUAUAAACUAGAAACAUAUUGCUGUUAUAUUUACCGUAUACCUGAUACUAACAUAUUGAUGACGGGCUAAGCCACAUCCGACAUUCUACCUUUAUUCCACUUACCUUGCCAGAAGUGACAUUCCUGGUAGGCCAAGCCAAGACUUCAAAUAUUUUGAUAAAAAAAAUUCUUCACAGUUCCAAAUGCUUUUUUAUACUCAUAUAAACUUCCCAUCCUUCCAUUGCAGUUACUUUAAAUGCAGAUCAGUUGAUAAAUAUCUAAAUAUCUUGUAUUCAUAGUGCUGAUGAAACGGUCCCUUUUGCUGCCAAUUUUUGCACAUUUGCACAACCUGCAGUUUUUCUCUAUUUUUCUAAUCAUGUUUCCAUACACAAGUGUUGACUAUUAUAUAUUUGUGCUAGUAUUUCAAGUGCCAAUUAUUCCAUUCUUUCAUUUUGUAUUUUUCUAUGGUUUAGUAUAUGUUUGUGCGAAGCAUAUAAAUUCAAUAUUGUUUGUUUAUGCCACUGUCGAAACCUUGAAUUCUUGAUUUGGCAGCUGAAGCUAAAUCUUAAAGUUUUCACUGAAACUGCAGUACAAUUUUCUUAUACGUAUACUUCCCAACAACUACCAUCAAUCUUCACAGUAUUAUGAUUACCGGUACCUUUCCUAAAUGCUUUGUUCGUGAUAUGAAUCUGACCUUUAUUAUGGCUCUUAAUGAACACCAAUUUAAUGAUCAUCUUCAAACGAUUGAUAGUUUUUUAUAGUCUUGUUGCUGCUAAUUAGCGGUUUGCGAAUUAUUUUGUUUCAUUUCUUAUAUGUGCUAUAAGCAGGGUAGAAAUACCAACAAGUAACAGAGCUGAUCAAAAGAGAAAAGUCACAUAUGCACUGGAAUAUGCAAUUCGAAUAUCCUUGUACAGUUUACAAACAAUUGUUGUAUUUCAGCAACAGUAAGUUAUCAAUGGUCAAUCAUGAGCUAUUCCUAAAAAAAAGGAUGCAUAUGAGUUGCUUCGCUUCAGGAUUUCCGCUUUGCAUUCCCCAUUCAUUUACACUUUGAGAAAAUUCGUUUUCAAGCGAUCACGACAGUUCAAACAAAUAUUUAAUUUAUAUAAGCGCAUUCACAUCUAUCUCGUUUGGUUCGUUUGGAGAAGAUAUUGUUGAUAGUAGGCCAGAAACGUCAGGUUUUCAGUAAAUCGUUCAAGAAUAGAGCAAAAUGGUGUUGAAAAAAAAUUUAAUUUAUGUUUCGCUGCAAAUGUCGCAAAAUUGCAUUUAAAAAAUGUUGAA